UGUAGGUCUUCCUGUGUUUGAAUAGCUAGUUUGAUGGAACACCCAAGUCACACGUAUUCACUAAGUUCAUAGAGCAAUAUUCUAGUGUGCAGCUUCUCUAAUCAAGUUUCUUCAUUUCUCUUGGUUGAUACUAACUUAAUACUAUCACGUUUCUAAUAGUAGAUACAACAUCCAUGAGUAGGUGGGGUGGGCUACACAUAUAAAUAUUGUACAUAUAGCAAACUGAAAAGAGAUUGCAAUAUUUUAACAACUAGUCUUUUCUCAUUCAAAACUAUCUUAUAUUACAAAAAAUAGGACCGUAAAGAAUUAAAAAAAAAAACUUUUGAAUCUGAAUCUACAUCUUCUUGGCCUAAUAAGUAAAGAACAAAAAGUCAAGUCUCUUUGUCUUUUCAUUCCCUUAUAAUUGAGCAAACCAGAAACAGAUAAGUCAGUUCCUCAGAAACUGUCCAAUGCCUCAGCUGGAUCGCUCUAGGGUCUCUUCGGCUAAGCUCCUUUCUGUGGUCGUGGACGGCGACUAUUAUGGCCGAUCAUCUGCUGCGGUUCCCUUCAAAUGGGAAUCUCAGCCCGGAACUCCCAUAAGACUUUUCAAACGAUCUUCAGGUUCUGAUUCCGAUUUCAACUCUCCUGUUUCAGCUCCACUCACACCUCCUCCCUCUUACUUCAGCGCUUCUCCUUCCUCUACAAAGCUUAAAAGAGCCAACGUUCGUUCUGGUUCCUUGGUCAACAAGAAUCGUAGCGACCCCUCAUCUCCGGUUGCUUCAUCUUCAUCAUCCUCGUCUUCAACAUCUUCUGUGCCAUCCUCUCCAAUGAGGACGUCGGAUUCGUACGGAAGGAACAGCAGAAGACCAAUGUGGUACGGAUCUAGACAUUAUAAUGCUAAGUCUUCAGGAUGCUACGGUUCCAUCAUCAAGUUGUUUCUAAGAGAUGUCAAGUAAUUAUGUUUUUAAAUCUCUCAAAAAAUAUGUUGGGUUUCUACUCUUUUUUGUAAUCUUGGGAAAUAAUUUUCUGAAACUAAUUGUCCUCAGAUUCAUUUCAUCUCAAUGAAUCUACUGGUUGGGUCAUAAGUCAUAAUCAUAUGCUUUUCAUUAAACUCUGA